AUGAGUAUGUAUCCCUGGUUGAUUUGGUUUAUUUGGAAAGCCCGAAACGACAAAGUUUUUUCCAAUGAUGAUUCAAAUCCUAAUGAUAUUAUUAACCACGCGGCCAGUGAGGCGGUAGCAUGGCGGACGGCACAGGAAAAACAAGAGCGACCACCACUCUCAUUGGGAAAUUCGGUUGAGUUGUCUUUCAAGGGUGAGAUUUGUCAGAUUGAUGGAUCAUGGAAAGACACAGAUCCUCGAGCGGGGCUAGGUUGGUAUAAUUUCAAUACGGAAACGGGUGAAAAAUUCAUGGGUACGUGUAAUUUAAGGCGAGGUAUAUCACCACUCCAAACAGAAUUGGAAGCUCUGGUAUGGGCUAUGCAGUGCAUGCUACGCCAGAAUAAGUUAACAAUAGUGUUCAAAACAGACUGUUCCGAAGUGGUAAAGAUGGUGUCUAAACCCGAGGAGUGGCCAGCUUUCGUAACAAUACUAGAGGAGUUUUGCAGAUGUAAAACGGAGUUCAUCUCCUUUUCCAUAGUGCAUAUUUCAAGGAAACAAAACACGAAGGCGGACAAGUUAGCACGGAGUGCUAGAGCUCUACCUACCGAUGUGUAUUAUGUAAACUCUGUUUCUCCAACUUGGAUUCCCGAGUUGGUUUAG